AUGAACUACAAUCCUAACUUUGAGCAAAUUGGAAAUGCCUUGAUUCAGAUCUACUACAGCAAAUUUGACGUUGGAGAUGGGGCUACAAGAGCCGCAGGACUGCAAGAUUUAUAUGAUCCGGAAGGUUCCAUCAUGACUUUCGAAGGAACUCAAGUCCGAGGACGACAAGCAAUUCUUGAAAAAUUUAGUGUAAGUUGUUGUAUAUUUAUAUUUUUAGAUUUUUUGUUAUUUUUUCACUUUUUUAAUCAAAAAUGUUGUUUUAGUCACUACCAUUCAACAAUAUCCAGCGAGCAGUAACAAAAGUCGACUGUCAACCUCUAGCUGAUGGAUCUGUGGCUAUUUCUGUAUUUGGACAGCUAAAAGUAAGUCUUGUUGCUUAUUUUUCAUUGUUUUUAGAUCGAGAUGUUGAUGUUGUUAUUGCUUUCAGACUGACGAAGAUCCUGUGAAUUCUUUUACCCAAUUCUUUGUUCUCAAACCUAACGGCGAAUCUUUCUUUAUUGCCAACGAAAUCUUCCGACUGGUACUUCACGACAUGUAAACCAACAAUACCUGUUAUCUUAUUAAAUUGUUUUAUUUUUUAAAAAUAGCAUAAACUUCGAACUUGUGAUAGGUGCUUUGUACGAACAACUUUGAUUGUUUAAUAUCUGUAGUGUGUUUAAAUUUUUCAUGCUUGUUUGUUAUUUAAUGGUUUAGAUGAAGUCGACCAAACAGGCUACUCGAGGUCAAGAGUUGAUACACUUAGAAAACCAGGAGACUUUGUUGUACUACUCAUUGGCUUCGGUGAUAACAGCUCUUGCUAGUGCUUUAGUUUAUUAUUUUGUUUACGAAUCGUCUUGGAAGAUAUGGGUAGGUUAUAUUUUGUGAGGUAUUAUCUUAUACGGUCUUUGUAUUAAUUAUUAUAUUGUGGUAUGUUCUAUCAUACCCUUGCGUACACGCUUUUUAAUAGUAACAUUUUUUUAGACUGGCAUCUGUCUAUCUAUUGUUGGUCAGUUUGCCGCGAUAUUGUUUAUGAGGAGUGGUGUACGUUGUAUCAAGGGUCCGCGAGGUCAAAUUAUAGAUGCUGGUGUUGAUUUAAACGAUCCAAAUGCUCUUGGAGAGUAAGUUUAUACUAUUUUAAAUAAGUUAUAUUUUUUGAAAACUUUUUAAACUAAUUUUCAUGUUUUUAAACUCAUGUUAAUUUAUUCUAAUUGUAGGUAUUGUAAGGAUAUAGUUAUAUUGACGGUGAUCUGCCAAGCGCUUAGCUUGAUCACGUCUUACUUCUUGCUGCUGUUGUUGUCCUUCCCUAUCUACGGGGCAUACAAGUUGUGGGUACUAGUGAUUGCUCCAUGGAUCUUUGCCGAGCCUCCAGAAGAAGAUCCGAUGGAUGAUAAACGGAAUCGCAGAAGACAGAACAAACAAGUAGUGUACCGUCGUUAA